AUGGCUCCCCCACAACUCGGUGCGACCUUUGUCCCCGGUGGUUUCGACGACUAUUGUAUGCCAGAGGUCGUCGCUCCUGCGCCCCCAAAGGGAGCUGACCAGCCCUGGCCCCAGGCCAACGCCGCCCAGGCCUCAGACGACGAUAUUCGAGCAUACCAAUCGAGCGACGCCUACAGGACCGAGCGCCUCAGCACCAUGAACUUCGACGCCCCCUCCUUUUCACCCUUCCCCAAGGUCAAGGGCGAUAACAUCCCCCUGACUGAUGAGGAUAAGGAGGAGAUACUAUGGAACGCGCGCAAGCAGGUUUUGCACUCCCAGAAUGUCUCGAUGCAGCUUACCUGGGCGCGCGACGUCCUUACCUGUGCAGACAUCUCCCAGGAGAGCCUCACGAGAGAGUAUGGCGACAGGGCCCGACCCGCUACCCCUCGCAUAGCACAUGAGCUCCGCCUUGAUGCACUAAAUAUUAUCUCCUACCUGACACAGCAAGAGCACCCCAAGGCACUCUAUAUGCGCUCAAAAUGGCUCGAGUUUGGCAAGUUUGGCAAUCGCGUUGAUAAGCCCAAGGAGCAUUACUACCGCGGUUUAUCCCUCAAGGAUUCUGCCUCACUGUGCCGAAUGGGCAUGAUGAGCCUCUUGGGCCAGUACGGCGAGACCAAGGACUACUCGACUGGCCUUGAGUGGAUACAGGCCGCUGCUGAUAGCUCUGAUGAAGACGCUCCCCAGGGCCCCUAUGUGUACGGCAUGCUCAUCGGACGGGAUCUGCCUGACAUCACCAUUCCCGAGGGUCUGCUGCCCAAUAACCCCCUUACGGCCAAGGUGUAUAUCGAGAAGUCAACUUACCUAGGCUUCGCCAAGGCCCAGCUCAAGAUGGGUCAAGCGUAUGAGUUUUGCCAAUUCAGCUGCGACUUCAACCUAUCAUACUCCAUCCACUACUACGGCUUGGCAGCCAAGCAGGGUCUGCCAGAGGCUGCUCUGGGUGUCAGUCGAUGGUUUUUGUUUGGAUAUGAGGGUAUGUUUAAGAAGAACGAAGCUUUAGCGUAUAAGUACGCUCAAGAAGCUGCAGCCGCUAAACUUCCUACUGGAGAAUUCGCUUUAGGAUACUACAAUGAGAUAGGAAUACACGUUGAGAAGAGUCUGGCGGAGGCCCGGAAGUGGUACCAGAUUGCGGCCGACCACGGCAAUAAGGACGCUAUUGGCCGACUUGAGUCGCUUGACGCCGACAGGACUCUCUCCAAGGCCGACCACGAGACGACCACGCUGACCCGAAUCAAGUCGCAACACGGUUCUCAGCGGGGACAACGACCCGAUCGCUUUUGA